UCGCAGUCGUGUUGUGGCAGUGAUCAUGCGAAGACAAGAAUAAUGACAUUGACUGCAUCACCCUUCCUCCAAAGGUGAGAAGAGGACACCAUUUCCUGCUGCAGUGAAUUUGUGGGGGCUCGAUUCAUCUGAAUUUGUGUCGUACGUAUUACAUCAGUGAUAAAUUACGGGAAAUAUAAAAAUGGUGUUUAAGACAGCCACCAGCAUCGUCUUAUUUAUCAGCGUUAUCGUCGUCACUGCACAAAAUCAUGAAAAGUUUUGGGCCGAACCAGAAUUUUUCGCGUCGCUGUCAGACUAUUUGACAACUCCACAAACACAACUCGUCGCCACCAUUGCGCCGGAACGACGCCGGGACACUAUUUUCACCCAACAGCCGACACUCCCAAUUCCACGACAUACUGUACCAGCACCACAAAGAGCACAAAUAGCAACGCCAAGCUAUCAAACCUUUCACAUCGUGCAGCACCAAACGUGGAUGGAUCCCCGAAAUCCGCGCCCAUUCCAAACCACGCAAACCUUUCAAAUCCCACAACCACGCCCACAAAUUGUGCGCAAUGAGGGCACACCUUCUCAGUAUUUGCCCCAACAACCCUUUGGAUCACAAAUGGUGAUGCUUCCACAUGCCAACGCACUCCCCACGGAGCAGGCAAAAAAGAGGAGGCGUCCCCUUCUUAAUAAUAAAAGGAAGCGACUCCGUACAACGACAACAACCACGACCACACCCGUAACGACCACGUUAAAACUGGACAAUUCAACCCAAAACAAUGCCACCACACCAUCACCUCCUCCACCUCCAAGUGAUCCUACCACCACCACCACUACAGCUCCCGACUACUACGACUAUUCCGACGAAGAAAUCAACAAUUCUGCUCAUGCUUAUCAUCCAAGUCCUCCUUCCCCACAAGUCGUUCACAUUCAUCCCCACUCCCAGCCCCACUUUACUUCAAGCAACGCAGAAAUUCUGCCAGCUCGUCAAGUUUACGAUAGUUCUGAGCAGUUUGGCAUACGCGUCCCCGCCCCAAGCUCCUUCCAUCACCAACUUCCGCCCCCCAGAGCUUUACACCAGCUCAAUCCCAACAUUCUAAUUGCAAAGCCACACCUUAACCAGCAACCUUUACAAAAUCCACCAGGAGAGCAGUUGGCCCAAGCGUCCAAUUUAUUUCCUGUUAUGGAACAAGAUGAAAAUUUUCUGGGGCUUAAUCAGCAGGGAAAUCCUGCCGGCAUUGUGACCAGGAUCAGUAACAUUUUGGAAACUGGGCGAAAAAUCCUGUACUUUCCCGUUGGCGUCGUGGAUGUAGUGGACCACGCCUUGACCUACGCGGAGACGAAUCCUUACGUGUCCUACGUGAUGGGCACCCUGGCCGAUACGAUUCUGGGGUCCACGAAAGGCAUGAGUGCAGCCCCACUGCAACAACCACAACUUACAAAUACAAAACCACCACAAACGCUUCUCAUCGCCGCAAAACUGGGGGAGAUGAAGGAAAAUUUAAAUAGGCUGCAAAACGCUGUCGCCUCCACGAUGCAGCCGAUCAAGAAAUUGUGAUUUAGUCAAUUAGUCGCGUGCUUUGCACGAUUAACUGACAUCGUUUCUAUGGGGUGGUGCCCCAUAGAAUGAUAAAGUGUCAAAUAAUAUUGCGUGCUUUGUUAAUUUUAAUUGUUUUUAAUUUUAUAAAUAGGCUAAUAAAAUUUAGCUGAAUAAGAAUA